GUCCACAGGUUGUCGUGCCGAGGGAGCCUGGCUUGAGGAAGUUACUGUGACUCAGCGCUGAGCUCUGAUAAGUGCUGCCCUAAGCGCAGUUCCCCUCUGGUUCACCUCUGAAGCCCUCUCAGGACACUCUCAGAAUGUCUAGCAAAGAAGUAAAGAUUGCUCUAAAAAGUGCAAGAGAUGCCAUCAGAAACAAAGAAUACAAAGAAGCGCUGAAACAUUGCAAGACAGUGUUAAAACAAGAGAAAAAUAACUAUAAUGCCUGGGUUUUUAUUGGUGUUGCUGCAGCUGAGCUAGAGCAGCCUGACCAGGCCCAGGGUGCCUAUAAGAAAGCUGCUGAACUGGAGCCAGAGCAGCUGCUUGCUUGGCAGGGGCUAGCAAGUUUGUAUGAGAAAUGUGAUCACGUAAAUGCUAAAGAUGAUUUACCCGGUGUUUACCGAAAGCUGUUGGAGCUCUAUGAAAGUGUUGACAAGCAGAAAUGGUGUGAUGUCUGUAAAAAGCUCGUGGAUCUGUACUGCCAGGAAAAGAAAUACCUAGAGGUGGCUCGGACAUGGUAUAAGUUGAUAAUGACACGGCAAGAAAAUGGAGCAGAUAGGCAAGAGCUUCAUGAGCUGUGGAGAAAGUUGACACAGUUGCUGGCAGAGAAUAUGGAAGAGCAGAACAAUGAAACCCAGCAGAUGCUUUUAACUGCGUUUGAGAAUGCACUGGACUUAGCAGAUAGUAUCCCCAGCGAAGAUCACCAAGUGCUUUACAGGCAUUUCAUCCAGUGCUUGUCUAAAUUUCCCCAUGAGACACCCAGGUUGAAGAAGGCCUGUGAAGGAAUGAUAAAUAUCUAUCCUACCGCACAGUAUCCACUAGAAGUGAUUUGUUUGUACUUAAUUGAGUCAGGAAGUCUGACAGAUGAAGGACAGCAGUAUUGUUGUAAGCUAGUGGAACUGAAUUCAAAAAGUGGUCCAGGCCUCAUCGGCUUAGGCAUUAAGGCUUUACAAAACAAGAAGUAUGAAGAUGCUGUUAGUCACCUAACAGAAGGCUUGAAGGAAAGCCCUCUCUGCAUUACUGCAUGGUGUCGUCUAGCGGAAGCCCAGGUCAAAAUGCACAGGCCUAAGGACGCCAUCCUUUCCUGCAAUCAAGCUCUGAAGACUAUAGACACUGCCGCUGAGUCAGGCGGCAGCCUGCAUCAGAAGAAUCUUUGUCUUCGCCUGAAAGCAGAGGCUUUGCUCAAACUCCCAGGUUGUGACUCUUCAGAGGAAGCAGCUCAUACUCUUGAUCAGGUUUCUGAUGCAGAUAAAACCCCGGGACUGCUGGUUCUUCAAGGCCUGGCCCGUCUGAACAUGGGUGCUGUGGACGAGGCUACAAAGAUCACGGAAGACCUUGCUGCCUCUUACCCUGACCUAGCGGAAGUUCAUGCACUUGAGGGUUGGAUUCAUUUUACUAAGAAGGACUACCUGCACGCAGAGAUGUGUUUUCAGAGAGCACUUGAGAAAGACGCUGAAGUUGCCGAAUAUCAUUACCAGCUUGGGUUGACGUAUUGGCUCAUGGGUGAAGAAACAAGAAAAGAUAAAGGAAAGGCCCUUAGCCACCUUCUGAAGGCUGCGAGGCUGGAUGCGUACAUGGGUAAAGCUUUCCGCUGUCUAGGUCAUUACUACCGAGAUGUGGCCGGAGACAGAAGCAGGGCCCGCGGGUGUUACCGGAAGGCUUUUGACUUGGACGACACCGACACUGAGUCUGGAGCUGCCGCCGUUGACCUGAGCGUGGAGCUGGAAGACACGGAAACGGCUUUAGCUAUCUUAACAGCAGUAACCCAGAAGGCAAGUGCUGGAGCAGCAAAGUGGGCCUGGCUCAGGCGAGGAUUACACUAUUUGAAAGCUGGUCAACAUUCUCAAGCAGUGGCUGAUUUACAGGCCGCUUUAAGGGCAGACCCAAAGGACUGCAAUUGUUGGGAAUCAUUAGGAGAGGCAUACUUAAGCAGAGGUGGCUACACAACAGCCUUGAAGUCUUUCACAAGAGCCAGUGAACUGAACCCAGACUCCACAUACAGUGUGUUUAAAGUGGCAGCAAUACAGCAAAUCCUAGGCAGGUAUGCGGAGGCCAUUGCUCAGUAUCAGCUGAUUAUUAAAAAGAAGGAGGAUUAUGUGCCCGCCUUAAAAGGUUUGGGCGAGUGCCACCUGAUGAUGGCCAAGGCUGCCCUAGUGGAUUUUCUGGAUGGAAAAGCUGUAGACUAUGUGGAAAAAGCACUGCAAUACUUUACUUGGGCCCUGCAGCACCGAGCCGAUGUGUCUUGCCUUUGGAAGCUCGCUGGGGAUGCCUGCACCUGCCUGCAUGCCGUUUCACCAUCUAAAGUGCAUGUUCGUGUGUUAGGAGUCCUUCUCGGCCAGCAAGAAGAAAGAGAAGUAUUAAAGAAAGAUGAGCUCCUGCAUCUUGGAGGAAGGUGUUAUGGUCGAGCAUUAAAGUUGAUGCCUACAUCCAAUACAUGGUGUGAUCUUGGAAUUAAUUAUUACCGCCAAGCACAACAUCUGGCAGAAGCAGAGAGCAGCAUGAAUGACCUUACAGAGUUACUGCAGAAAUCUCUGCACUGUUUGAAGAAGGCAGUGAGAUUGGACAGCAAUAAUCACCUAUACUGGAAUGCUCUUGGUGUGGUUGCCUGCUACCGUGGGAUUGGAAAUUAUGCCCUUGCUCAGCACUGUUUCAUCAAGUCAAUCCAAGCAGAACAAAUUAAUGCUGCUGCAUGGACCAACUUAGGAGUGCUAUAUCUUGCGACUGAACACAUCGAGCAAGCUCAUGAAGCUUUCAAAAUGGCUCAGUCCCUCGAUCCAUCUUACUUACUGUGCUGGAUUGGACAAGCUCUUAUUGCAGAGAGAGUUGGAAGUUAUGACACCAUGGAUCUCUUCAGGCACACUACAGAGCUCAGUAUGCAUACUGAAGGAGCAAUAGGUUAUGCAUAUUGGGUUUGUACAACAUUACAAGACAAAAGCAACAGAGAAACGGAGCUGUACCAGUACAACAUCCUCCAGAUGAAUGCAGUCUCUGCAGCACAGGGCGUUCUGUGUAAAUAUGUGGAAAGAAUUCAGAAUUAUGCUCCAGCUUUCUCAAUGUUGGGUUAUUUAAACGAGCAUCUACAGUUGAAGAGGGAAGCGGCCGAGGCAUAUCACAGGGCAACUGUGCUGUUAGAUCCUGCUGAAGACCAGCACACUUACAAUGUUACAGUGAGGCACUGGGGCAGACUGUUAUGUUCCACUGGUGACUAUGACGAAGCCAUCCAGGCCUUUAAGUUAAUGCCCCUUGAGGAACUUGAGGACAUCAUAGGUUUUGCACUGGCAUUGUUUAUGAAAGGACUAUAUAAGGAGAGCAACCAAGCCUACGAGAGAGCCUUGACUGUUGUUAAAUCAGAGCAAGACAAAGCUCAUAUCUUGACAGCUCUGGCAAUAACUGAAUACAAACAAGGAAAACUGGAUGCAGCCAAGUCAUUGCUUUUCAAAUGCUCUAUUUUAAAGGAACCAACCACAGAAAGCCUUCAGGCACUGUGCGCUCUUGGCUUGGCGAUGCAGGAUGCUACCCUGUCCAAAGCGGCACUUAAUGAGUUACUAAAGCACAGGAAACAAAGGAAUGAUUGUCACAGAUGCCUUCUCAUGUCAGCCACUUCUGCAGUCCAGGGCCGCAGUGUGGCUGUGCAAAGACAGGUGUCGAAGGCUGUCCACAGUAACCCUGCUGACCCCGCUCUUUGGUCUUUGCUAUCUCGAGUUGUUGCUCAGUACACUCAACGGAAUGCAAAGGGCGGUGCUGUAGCUGGCAGUGUGGCUCAUAUUCUGGAUUCCAAUCACGGAAAGAAGGCGUUACUGUACACUGCAGUGAACCAGCUGGCCGUGGGAAGCAGUGCAGCAGAAAGCAGGAAGAACAGUGCUCUGAAGACCAUCCAGAAGGCGGCCCUCCUUUCUCCAGAUGACCCUGCUGUCUGGGCUGCGCUGAUGGCAGCCUGCCAUGCUGAUGAUAAACUGGCUUUGCUCAGCAACACUCAGCCAAAGAGAAUGGAUUUGUACUUGGCAUUGUUGUCUGCUGUUUCAGCUUCAUUUAAGGACAAAGAAAUUUUACAAAGUUACAACCAGUCACUUGAAAAGUGGUCUUUCUCACAAGCCGUCACUGGUCUAGUUGACACAGGAAGAGUCUCUGAAGCGGAAUCUCUGUGCACAAAGAAUUUGAAGAGUAACCCUGACCAGCCACCUGUUGUCUUACUAUUGAGACAAGUUCAGUGUAAAUCACUCCUGGAGUCUCAAAAGCCCCUCCCAGAUGCUGUACUGGAGGAACUGCAAAAGACAGUCAUGUCCAAUUCAACCUCUGUUCCGGCAUGGCAGUGGCUGGCACAGGUGUAUCAGUCCCAAGGAAUGAUGGGUGCUGCAGAGAUGUGUUACAGAAAGAGCCUGCAAGUGGCAUCCCAACAGGGCAGCUGGAGUGGGAAGCUCUCGAGUCUGUUGAAGCUAGCGCUGCUGGCGUUGGAAGUGUGCAUGGCUAAUGUUUCAAGUGAUCACUGGCCAUCCUUGGUUCAAGAGGCUACAAGUGAGGCCUUGAAAGUUUGCUUUUGUCCUCUGGCUGUCUUCUUGCAAGCUUUGUUGCAGUUCAACCGUAAGAUGGGAGCAAGAGAGACACGGCGACUUUUGGAAAGAGUGGUAUACCAGCCUGGAUACCCCAGCUCCAUUGUAUCCGCUGCACGUUGGUACCUCUUAAGACACCUCUAUGCGAAAGAUGACCCUGAGCUCAUUGAUGUGUUGGUAAAGAACGCUGAAACUCACGGUGAUAAAAGAACACUGGAGCUGAAUCAGAAACUGUCGACACAGUAAUCGUGGAUUGUGAGACUUACAGUAAGGAAUCGAAGAAAACACUUGUGAAUGAAGCAGUGAAUCAGGACUUUUCACCAAAACAACAUAUUUUAAGACUGUAUCUUAAGACUAUAUCAGCUGGGCGUGGUGGUGCACGCAUUUAAUCCCAGCACUUGGGAGGCAGGGGUGGGUGGAUCUCUGUGAGUUACAGGCCAGCCAUUAAUACACAGUGAAGUCCCAUCUUUAAAAAACAAUAAAUAAAUGAAAACAAAUAACUGUAAAGCUAUAGUUUUAAUCAUCCAUUGCUUCCCCCACUUCUUUUAAUCUAGAGAAGUUGAAGUUCUUAAGUCAGGCGUGUAACUUUCCAGAAGCCAUUGACCUGCCUUUAAC